GAAAAAGUUUGCGCAAUGAAGUCUCUCCACCUCAGCGUGGCGGCAGUAGCCGCCCUUGUGUCGAUGGUUGGCGCGUUUGUGCCGCCGAGCCUCAGGCCGAGCCGCACUCUGUCGCCGCCACGGACGGCGCCGAGGAUGCAGAUCACUGUCGACGACAGGCCGGUAAGGCUUCAGACACCACACACGUCACAGGCAGACGAAGAUCACGUGUUGUGGUUGUCUGAUCAGGCUAUCAAGACGGCGGCGGCUCCGCGGUGGCGCGUCCAAGCACCGCCCACGACUGCCGUCGACGUGGAUGUCGACGUGGGUGUGGGUGUGGGUGUGGAGGUUGACACAGAGACGGGCGUCAAGACGGGGACGACGACCGACUUUGUCUAUCCGGUGCUGACCACUGAGGCGGACGCCAUCGACCUGGAGCUGCAGGAGAAGCAGGCCCUGAUGCAGUAUGCUGAAGGGUUCACAUCCUUCGGCAACAAACUGCUCAACGUGAGAGAGAGAGAGAGAGGGAGAGGGAGGGAGGUUCUCUCUGUGUCAUCCAUCCAUCCAUCCAUCCAUGUGUGUGUGUCUGGUGGUUGUGUUGUUGUGGUUGUGUGUGUGUGUCAGCUGGGUUGGGUGAUCAUCGGUUUGGGUAUCUUUUGCGGCGGCAUGUGGGCCAAGGAUGCGUGGGGGGCCUUCUGGUCGUGGGAUCCCAAGGAGACCUCCGCUCUCAUCGUCUGGCUCAUCUACGCCGCCUACAUACACACCUCCAUCAUCCCUUCCCUCAAGGUCGGUCAGCACAAGCACAAGACAAGCACAGCACGUCUGCCAACCACACACACAGAGAGAGAGAAGGCACCACACGCACACGCACACUCACACGCCGGCCUGACUGUCUCCCUCUUUCUCUGUGUGUUUGUGCGGUGCGUGUGUGCAGGGGAGGACGCAGUUUUGGACGACGCUGAUGGGUUUCUUCUCGAUAUGGCUGUGUUACCUGGGCAUCAACUUCCUGCAGUGGGGCAUGCACUCGUACGGAUUCAUCAUCCCCGAGUGACGUGACCUGACGUGUGUGCAGUGAGUGCAGGGGGCGGGUCCAUGUGAUGUGGGUGUGGGUGUGUGGGUAUGUGUAUGUGUAUGUGUGUACACAACAACGAUCUGUGAAGUUUUCCCACCCACUGUGAGAGAGAGAGAGAGAGAGAUACAAUACAUGGCAUGGCUGGGGGUCCACGAGCUAAUGCUCAUGGUGUGGAUGAUGGAUGUGUCAUGUGACUGGUGAUGCGUGCGACGGGCCAAGAGAAGAAGCCGUCGGUUUUUCUGUGUGGAGUGCAGUUGGCUGCAUGGCAUGAUGUGUGCAGUGGGUGGGGUGGGUGGUGUUGGCCAUGUGUGUGACGGGACGUGACGGUGGAGUUUGUUUUGCUAGCUGCCUUACCGAGAAGAGAUCAUUUUUCUCUCACUUACACACACAGAGAUGGACAGAUGGCUGCACUGCACACAGAGGGAUGGUUUGGUGGGCUGCGUAGAUGCGAUCCGCACAGGGCGGCAAGAAGCCCUCUGCGUCUUUCCCCGUGACACACAGUUGCUGCUCUCGGCGUUGGAUGGCGUGGCGGGUGGUAAUCGUUGUUGCGUUGUGUGAGACACCACGACGAGGCAGACGUUGCCAGCCGGUGCUGCAUCCAUCGCCGAUUUGCGGCAGCCACGCAUGAGACAGACCGAGACAGCCUGGUUGAUGGCGGAUUGCAAUGCAUUCAACGGGGGAUUUCGCUUCCCUCUUGUUGAAUGACGUGUGAGUGUUCGUGGCGAGGCUUGCCUUUUUCUCGAGCAGCUGUUCCUGACCUUCGUGGGAGUCACAGCAGCGACUGAUGGCGCCACGACGGUCGGGCGAUGGCGUUCGGGAAAGGACAAAGCCCCGCAUUACACACCACACCACUCACACCAGGUGUGGGAUGGCUUGUGUUUGACUUGACGCGAACAGACCAACGCUGCAGUGAUAUCAUUGCAAUAUAUAUUCACGC